UGCCACCUGAAGUAAGAUGUUUCGUUUGGAAGCUAAAAAGCCAUCACUGUGUAAAAGUGAACCACUUACAAGUGAGAGAGUUAGAGCCACACUGUCUGUCUUGAAAGGAGUUUUAACAUCGUGCUAUGGCCCUUCAGGCCGGCUGAAGCAGCUGCACAAUGGCCUGGGGGGUUCUGUGCGCACAACCUCGCAGUCAUCAGCCCUGCUCGCUAACCUCUUUGUCACCCAUCCCAUUUUAAAGAUCCUGACGACCUCCGUGCAGAAUCAUGUGUCAUGCUUCAGUGACUGUGGCUUGUUCACAGGCAUUCUUUGCUGCAAUCUGAUUGAAAAUGUUCACAGAAUAGGCUUGACACCCACCACUGUCAUUAAAUUAAAUAAACAUCUUCUGAGCCUCUGCACCAGUUACCUCAAGUCUGAGAUCUGUGGUUGUCGAAUCCCAGUCAACUUUAGUAGCACUCAGAUCCUCCUUUGUUUGGUACGCAGUGUGUUAACAAGUAAGCCUGCCUGUAUGCUCACCAGAAAGGAAAUAGAACACAUCAGCACUCUGAUUCUCAGAGCCUUUUUGCUUACAAUUCCAGAAAACACCAAAGGCCACAUCAUUUUAGGAAGGAGUAUAAUUGUACCUCUAAAAGGUCAAAGAGUUAUAGAUUCUACUGUGUUGCCUGGAAUACUUAUUGAAAUGUCAGAAGUUCAAUUGAUGAAGAUACUGCCUUUCAAAAAAUCAGAUUCUUUCAAGGUGGCACUCUUUCGUGUGUCUUUAUCUGGAGACCUUUCUGAUACUGGAGAAGGAACUGUAGUGGUCAAUUAUGGUGUUUCUCUUGAAAAUGCAGUUCUGGACCAGUUGCUUAACCUAGGAAGGCAGCUAGUUGGUGAUCAUGUAGAUCUUGUCAUGUGCCAAAAAGUAAUACACCCAUCUUUGAAACAGUUUCUCAGUAUGCAUCGUGUUAUUGCCAUAGACAGAGUUGGAGUGGCUCUGAUGGAACCGCUGAGUAAAAUGACAGGAACACAACCUAUUGGUUCCCUCAGCUCAGUCUCUCCUAGUAGUUAUGGAAGUGUGAAAGAUUUGUGCACUGAAAAAUUUGGCUUCAAAUGGUUUUUUCACCUUAUUCCUAAUGAAGAAACUGUCUGCAGCUUGCUUCUCGGCAACAGAAAUGACACUGUCUGGGAUGAGUUGAAGCUCACAUGUGAGACAGCACUGCAUGUUUUACAGUUAACAAUCAAGGAGCCAUGUGUUUUGUUGGGAGGUGGCUGUACUGAAACUCACUUGGCAGCAUACAUCAGACAUCAGACUCUUAAUAAACCAGAAAGCAUUCUCAAAGAUGGUUGGUGUACUCAAACAGAACUUCAACUAAUUACUGAAGCAUUUUGCAGUGCGCUAGAAUCUCUCACUGGCUCUUUAGAACAUGAUGGAGGUGAAAUUCUCACUGACCUGAAGUAUGGACACUUUUGGUCAGUUCAGGCAGAUUCUCCCUCUGUUGUUCACUGGCCAGAUUUGCUUUCAAGAUGUGGCUGUGGACUAUACAGUAGCCAGGAAGAACUCAACUGGUCUUUCUUAAGGAGUGCUCAGCGUCCUUUUGCACCACAACCCUGCCUUCCACAUGAAGCUGUGGGCUCAGCCAACAACCUGACAUUGGACUGUUUCACUGCUAAGCUUAGUGGCCUGAAGGUGGCUGUGGAGACAGCUAAUUUGAUUUUGGAUCUUUCGUAUGUCAUUGAAGAUAAAAACUGAUAUAAGAAAGUAAUUGUUUAUAUUAAAAAUAAACUAGUCAGGUAUUAAUUAAGAAUAAUAUUGAGUGUAUUUGUUCUCUUCCAAAGUCUGUUCUGCAUUUUUAAUAGAUAGCUCACAAAAUUACAGAUUUACUGAUGUAAGGAAAAAUGUAUUCUUGAAUAGAAAUACCAUAAAAUAAUAAAAAUGUGAAGCAUUAUUAAAGAUACUGUAAUUAUCUUUGAUCUUUUACAGAUACCAAUGUAUGUUGCUCUAAAUUUUUUUGUUAUUUUGAUAUUAUUCUAAGAACAUACAGAAAUAAACUCUUAAUCUAUCCUAAUCUAUAUCUUGGUUUCUAUA